AUGGAGCGGAGUAACGAUCAGCUCUUACUCCAAGAACCAGGAAACGCGAAGGCGGCCAAGCCGGAAGUAACAGGUUUUUCUCAAUUGCCCGACGGAGCUUUGUUCAAUAUCUUCAACAAGCUGGCUUCGCAGGAUCCUCCAGCUUUGCUAGCUGCUAGCGCUGCGUGUAAGAACUUUCACUCAGUCGCUUCUUCGCACGCUUCUCUGUGGAGAGCCGCUUUCUACAGCCCUUCAGAGCCUCCAGAUCCCAAGGAGCACGAAGCAGCAGCGUUUCAGGAAACAGUCGAGAGUUUCGGUGGUUUUGAGGCGCUUGUCCGAGCCCGCUGGGCCAGAACGAUGUCAAAGAAGUUAGCAUUGAACAAGACCGGCCCAGCUGUUUUCGAGGAGAGUAUCACGAAGAUUGAGUCGCAGUCUGCAAUAAGCUUGCUGGUGUUGAUAAGGACGCUGCAGGGGCGGCUCUGCUUGUAUGGAGCGGGUCAAGCGUCAUGCAAAGUGAAAAGCUUUCUGGAUAGUUGGAGUCUACGGGUCUAUUUCUAUGCGGAGAUCGGACAUCUGCAUCCCUUGUUUGCAAUCAAGGACCUGCCGGCUGACGUCACAGAACCUUCAUGGGCGGAUGUUGACGUCAACUUGGAGUCGUACAUCCUUCUUGGAGGCGGGUCGGUAAAGUGGGUGCCUCUAUAUAAAGCUACGGAUUGCUAUGUUUGUCUUUGCGCGAUGAAUUUCGACUCCGUCGCUAGCAUUUGCUGGCACGUCAGCGAACCUGGAGUGCCUGAAGUCGACCGCAAAAGCAACGUGGAGAUGUGCUUGCACGCAACAUUUGAAGACGCUGAGUACAAUGGGAUCCGUGUUCCGCCGUUGAAGCGGCUGAGUCGGAGCCAGUCAGGUGCUUCGGUCGAGGAAAAGCUUUCGGUGGCUUUUGUCGAUUGGGGGAUACGGGUGGAAGGCUAUUGCGGAAGCCCUGCAGAAGCUCCCGAACCUAAGGACCCCGAAGCAGCAGCAUUUGGAGAAGUAGUCGAGCGUUUCGGUGGCUACGAGGCUCUCGUUCGAGCACGCUGGGCCAAAGAAAUGUCAGAGAGACUAGCUUGUUACAAGAACAAACCAGCUUUUUUCGAGGAGAGUCUCAAGAAGAUUGAGUCGCGGUCCGAGAUAAGCUUUCUGGUCUUGGUGAGGACGCUGCAGGGGCGGCUCUGCUUGUAUGGAGUGGGUCAAGCUUCACGCAAAGUGCAAAACGCGCUGUACCAUAUUGGUUUCGAUGCCUACUACUUUUCAAAGAUCAGCCACCUACAUCCCUUGUGUCCAAUCAAGAACCUGCCCGUCGAGAUCACAGAGGUUUCUUGGGCAAAAGCCGAUGUACAGUUGGAGUCCUACAUUGUCUUCGGAGGCGGGUCAGUGAAGUGGGCGCCCCUAUACAAAAAUGAGGAGGAGCGGAGGAUGCGGAGCUCAUUUUUGCGCACAUAUUAUUUUGACUCCGCCAGUAGCGUUUGCUGGCACUUCGCCGAACCUGGAAAGUAUAACGUAUUCACAGGUAACGUGGAGCUGUGCUUGCACGCGACGUUUGAGGACGCCCACUUCAAUUGUAGUCGGAUGCAUCUAGAGGCUUCCGCCAAUCGGGAGGCUUUCCUUGACUGGGGAAUUCGGCUCAGCGGACUCUGCGGAAUAGGAGCCAGGCGCUAUAGCCCUGGAGAGGAAGCUGGAACAGUGGGUCGUACGGCGAACGAAGAUAAACGGUGCAACCUAUGUGGGAGGCCCCUGAGUGGGUUCCUAAGAUAG